CAAUCAUACCCUACUCACCAGUCCCUGGUGGCCCUGCGACUCAGCACACGUUCCUGCUUGUUGAUUCAGCAGGAUCCAAGAUGGCAGGCAUAAGACCUCACACCAUGCCACAGGGCCCGAUAGAAUCCACUCUCACAAGGCUGGAUGCAAUCUUCAUGGAAAUCUGGCGCAGGCUUGAAGAGAGGCGACUGGGUGUAAGCAAGCAAUACUACUCACCCCCUGCAGCUGAGGGCUCCAUGCCUGAUCCAAAGCGCCAAA